AUGGCAACGAAAAAGGCGUGCGUGGAGGCACCCAAAAGGAGCCGGAGUCCGGUCGUUUUGGAGGCGGAGAUGUUCAGUGAAUUUCAGGACUGGUGUCUCCGGACUUAUGGAGACUCCGGUAAAACAAAGACGGUCACCCGGCGAAAAUACAACAAAAUCAUGCAGACACUGUUGCAGAACGACGAGUCGGAUGGCGUUUAUGUCGACAACAGCCACAUCAACGCCAAAUUCAAAUUCUGGGUGAAGUCUAAAGGAUUUCAGGUCGGGACCAACGUUUUGGGAGAGCACAACAAGAAAGGAGCUCCAGGGAAGCCCGUUUUAUACGUCCCGGUCAAGUCAACGUGUUCUGAUGGAAAUUCAACCCAAGAGAACUCCUCCCUAAAGCGCGUAGCUGUGGUUGAAGAUUUCUUUGACAUAAUCUAUGCCAUGCAUGUGGAGAUGGGUGCGGAUCCCGGCAGAGCACCCAAACAUGCAGGCCAGAAGAAGACCUACAAAGCGAUCGCAGAGACCUACGCCUUCUUGCCCAGAGAGGCGGUGACUCGGUUCCUAAUGAGCUGUGGAGAGUGUCAGAAGAGGAUGCACAUUAACCCCAGCACUGCUGAGUUCAAAGAAAACGACAGACCGACCUCGCUGGUCCCGGACCUCAUCGAUUACAACAUGCCUCUGACUGCCACCUACCUAAAACAAAUGAAACUGCAGUGCAUGACUGCCACAGAAAGGGAUGACAGUUCGGUGAGCAGCGAGGACAUGAACAACGCUGAGCCCACAUGGGUCGCAGCUGAGCAGCCCGCAGUGCCUGAGUCGAGUCCACCGAACGGAGAGAGGGUCAGCAACCCGGGGGCCACCAUCAAAGAGGAGGACGAUGACGACUCCUCGGAGAGCGGCAGUGCCAACGGGCUGCCAGCUCUGACCUCCCCGGAGGUGCUACCCGUGGGUGGGAACGUCCCAGAUGGUGGGGCCUCUUACGGGGAGGUGGCAGAGAACGGGGUGAGCGCUCCCCUGGACUUCAGCACCACCUCGUCUUCGUCCUCCUCGGAAGAUCAGCAGCCGGUGAAUCUGAGCGACAGACUGCUGCCAGUGGGCAGCUCGCCGCCAAACUCCUACGCUGCAGACCCCAACAGGAAGUAUCCCAUCAAAACAGAGUACACCAACAAGUCCCCUCCUUACAGCUCAGGAAGCUAUGACUCUGUGAAAACUGAUCUGAGCAUGAGCGCAGAGGACUUGACCUCUGGUCGAACACAGAUAAUUGAUGACGAUGACGACGAUCACGACGACCAUGACGACAGCGACAAGAUUAAUGACGCUGAGGGGCUGGACCCUGAGAGACUUAAAGCCUUCAAUAUGUUUGUGCGUCUGUUCGUGGAUGAGAAUCUGGACCGCAUGGUGCCCAUCUCCAAACAGCCCAAGGAGAAGAUCCAGGCCAUCAUUGAGUCCUGUAGCCGCCAGUUCCCAGAAUUCCAGGAGCGCUCCCGCAAGCGCAUCCGCACCUACCUCAAAUCCUGUCGCCGCAUGAAAAAAGGCGGUUUUGAGAUACGACCAACACCUCCCCACCUCACCUCUGCCAUGGCCGAGAACAUCCUCGCAGCCGCCUGCGAGAGCGAAACCCGAAAUGCUGCCAAGAGGAUGCGGCUCGAUGUCUACCAAUCGACGGAUGAGCCAGCCUCUAUUGACAAACCCAUCUUGAGGGACCCGGCCCCUGUGGCUCCUUCAGGGUUUUCCAUUUCCAGUGCAGCUUUUGCCCAAGACCAGCUCUACACCAACGGAGGCCUCAACUACAACCUGCGGGGAUAUGGGACGGUCGGCAGCAACCAGCAGAACUCUGGUGCUGCACAAACCAAUGGUCCCACAGAUCUGAGUAUGAAAUCUGUUGGCCCAAACUCCUCCUCCUCCAGCUCCAACAGUCAUGGUCAGGGAGGUGGCGGUGGCGGCGCUUCGGCUCAGCUCAGCCCUCCGGAGGUGACGGCGGUGAGGCAGCUCAUCGCAGGGUACCGGGAGUCCGCGGCCUUCCUGCUUCGUUCAGCAGACGAGCUGGAAAACCUGAUCCUGCAGCAGAACUGAGUCCGAGCCACAGCGUGCCAACUCCCUCCCCCCCACCUUGGCCUGUCCGUGUCUGGGCAGACUCUCACAUACAAAGACACAGUUGUACACGAGUGAUACUGCAGCGCACAGUGGGUCCUGUAGGUAUGAUAUUUAUUCCCACAUGUUUAUGUAUUUGGGCGGGCCAGAACAUAUCACAGGCUGAAAGAUGUUUAUUUAUGCAUUUGGUUCACUUUGACCUUAUAGUGCCCUGUUAUCUGUAGCCAUUCAUCCCAUUCAAUUCAUCUUACCACCUCAACCUCCAUUUGUCUCAGGAAGCGAUGAUCUAUGUGAAAAAAAAAAAAAUGGUGCACAGACUGAGGUGUCGAAUUAGCUUAACCACCGUAACGCCAAGUCAGCUCAUUUGUGCAGAUGUUUGGACAAAUGAAUAGUUGCCUAGCAGUGAAUUAGCAUCAUUAUUUCUUUCUAUUUGUGUGUAAAAUAUGCUGUACAGUGGCAUGAUUUGAUUGGGUCAUCUGAAUCGAGUUGUUUCUAAAUGAUAGCCGGAUAACUAAAAGUCCACAGAUGAAUCGCUGCUAAAAGAUGUGGCGGCCUGCCACUUGACCUUUUAACCUCAACAGCUACUGUUGGAUAUGCUGACUUUCAUACAUAUAUACUCCAAAAAAAUCAAAUAAUAAUUAAAAAAAAAAAAACGUAGAGCACGAAAAAUGACAACAGUGACAGUGUUUGACAGUUUUCACCUGUAAAGUUUGACCAAAACAAGCAGACCCAUCAAUGUGUGGUCAAAAUUAUACCUCUGUUCUGCUCUGUCGGAGUGAUUUUCAGACUACAAGACAAAGACUCAUUACCCGGCGCACCUUUGUUUUCACUUAUCCUAGUAUGAAUAUUUAUGUCAUGGGCUGUUUCUCAUUACUCAAAGGGAAGGAGGCUUUUCGGAAGCCUGGGUAUGCAAAUUGAGGUCACAGACUCCUGUCAGGGAGAAAAAGGAGAUUAAUUUAUUGUUUAGACUCAUGGUUUUAUAAACAGAAAAGUAGAAAAAGGUGCAAUAUUGAAGAUAAUCAGUAACGGUUACUGAAAUGACUUGAUGAGGCAUUUUAAGAGGGUUAACCAACCUCCCCUCUUGCUGUAACUGUCAAGUUGUAAAAAGUAAUGCUAUCCCAUGCAGCAUUGUAGCCAAUUUCAAUGUUGUUGUUUGUUGUGAUUACUGAUCUUUAUCGCUAACCUCAUAACUGAGGCACUUUCGUGUACCGGGAUCAGUGAGUGACAAAAAAGGAAAAGGGGACCUGGCAGAAAAAUGAAACUUUAUGUUGCACGUCUUUUUCAGGGGAGGGGUUUUGUCUUGUGGAGUACGUGUUCAGUGACUAUUCUUAAGGUUAAAAUGGGCACAUAGAGCUCACAUGCAUCCAUUAGUGACUGUGGUGGAGGCAGCGUGAGCGGAAGGGAUGUUCAGACAAAAGGGAACUCCUUCGUCCGUCUGCGCGUCCGUCUGAAUCGUCCCCUCUGACCCUGCAUCACAGUCUCCACUUUCUUCAUUAAAAACACAUCUGAAAACACACAGUUUGAAAAGAAGCAAGAGACAAUCUUUGAAAAAGAUGUAAUCACAUCACAGUUUACUCUCCAAGCUCUCUGCUAUGGUUGUGUGUGUGUGCGCGUGUGCGUGCGUGUGUGUGUGGACUGAGGACACAAACGAGUACUCAAAGCCGAUCAAGAGCACAGCCUCACAACUUUUAAUGGUGAGUCACUCAGCACAAAGACAGUUGUGUGUGUGUGUUUGUGUUUGUGUGCGUGCGCGCAUGUGUUUCUUUUAAUCUUUUCCGUUGAUGUGUUGACAGUGUGUUGAUUUUCUGUUUGUGUAUAAGUGGAGUGACCCAGUUUGUAAACAGCAUCAAUCUGUGAAGAUUUCAUUCAGUAGGCUGAAACAUUCCAGACAAAGACUCUUCGAGCAGCCGAGAGCGGCUCGCACCUUACUGAUUUGUCAAAGUUUAGAGAGCUAUAUUUCUGUAUGUAUCACAAAUCCUAUCAAAUGUAUCAUUAAUCAGUCUCUUCAGGGUCAUUCAUCACUUUCUCAUCACCUCCAGGCCUGGCUAGAGUUGGACCUGCGUUUUAUCACCAUGUCAUGAUUGGGCUGCAUUUACAUUUGCAUUAACAUUUAAAUUCUAUUAUCUAUUGCAAGUUUGGAAGCACUUUAUAGCUCAGGAUUAAGGUAACACAGUGAUUUGAGUGUGUUUUUACCUCAUUUGAAUAAUCAGCUUAAGUUCUGAGAAAUUAUUAUAACAAUUUGACAUAACUCAAUUAGAAGUAGUUUCCAUCAAGGGAAAGAAUCAAACAAAAACAGCAAACGGCUCCUUUAUUGGAGUUCAAAGUCAUCAGUGUGUUUGGUCCAUUUGAGCGGUGUUUCAUAAUGGAGGAGAGAAGCAGGGCUCAUUGUGAAAAGCCUGAAUUUCCCUAACUAACUGAACCUGGUUGUAUCUAAUCCCUAAAUUCAAUAUCUCUCUAUCAGUUUUCUUUCACUUAUCCAGUUCAGGGUCAUUGGGGGGCCCUGGAGCCUGUCUGAAGUGUCGUAGCCACCUACAGCCAGUUAAACUAAUAUGCACGUCUGUAGGAUGAAGAACAUGUAAACUCCACAUAGAAAGGCACUAGUCAGCUGCUGGAUUUAAACCCAGGACGUAUGUUUGUGUAGGUUCUCAGUCAGUAAACCCAGGACCUUCUUGCUGUGACGUAACAGUGCUAACCACUGUGCUUCCCCUAGUAAAGUCUUGGUGAAGUCCAACUUCAGUUUGAUUACUUCAUAGCAAAGAAAAUGAAAGUGUAGCAGCAGUGUUGGUGGCCAAAUAGCAACACCCAUGAAAUAUAUAAUGGAGAUUUUAAAGAAAUACUGUAGUAAAGUAAAACAAAACUUCCAAUAGCAUGCAGCAACAUUCUAAUAAACCUGCUAAUAUACUGGUUAGAUUGGCUGGCAUGGGCAGAACUGUUUGGGAGGGCCAGACACUUUUUGACUAAGUGGCAAAAAUGGAGCCAAUGUGGAAAUGCCAAAAAACUGCAGUUCCUCUAGUGGCCACUUGAGGCUGAUCCAAAGGUGAGUCAGUCCCCAUAGAUUUCCACAUUAAAAUACCCAACUUUACAGCUUUAAAAAGCAUAUUUUCACCCUGUUAUAAAAAUUGUUUUGGUGUUAUGGAGGGGCAAUUUAAAGAGUGGGUGAAUUUUUUAAUAACUCCUCCAUUUGGAUACUGGUAAGGCUCAAAGUUAGGGGUGUACCUCCUUGGAUUGUGGCAGGUGUUUAUGGCAGUUUAUGGCUGCAGCUUGUGUCGCAGGGUUGCUUAUGUUUACUAUCUUAGCACUGACCCUUCUCAUCCAAUUACAAUCACUUCUAGCUCCAACCCCCUCCAACAUGGCACUGCCAAAACACUUACACCGAGGCUUCACAAUCCAAUGGGUGGCUGUGACAUCCAUCUUUUGUUGCUGAAAUAGUCUCUGUUUAACUGGUCAUCUUCCUUUAUGAAACACCCUUCUGGGCUCAAACAGAUGUAAUCAUAGCUGUACACGGGACCCGAGUCCUCACACACGUCUUCCUCGUCUCCUCCUGCUCGUUUGUUACUGUAGCCAUAGCAGAUCCUCCACAUGUGACGCCUUGUUGAACCUCGUCUCAUCUUCACAACCAGACAUUUGCUUGCAGAUCGGUAUUCUGUCUUAAGUCUAGGCUGAGCAACAUUUUAGCUGUGCUAGAGUUACUGUGAUCAGUGACAACCAUUAGUUGUCAUGUUGUUGUUUUUGUUUUUUGUUUAGUUUUUUUUUUUUUAAUAAUGCCCAAUGGAUUUUUCUCUUUGUAUUGACUGGACAAUGUAAUCUAUUGGUGUUGAUUAAAAUGCCCUGGUAGCUUGUGGAUUGCUAAAGUGGUCUGAUAAAUGUACUGUAUAGCUGUACAAAGAGUGAUAAAAGAUGUUUUAAACCUUUCUUUUUUCUGUGGGUACAGCGCUGUUUAAAAAAAAAAAUCUAAGUGGUUUAGCCCUUGCCUGUUUUAACUUAUCAUUUGGUGGUGGUCUGUAUUUCUUCUAUUGUUAUUUAUAUUAUUUCAAUUGUUGCCUCUCCUGCACGGAUAAGUGACUGUAGCUCUGUGCAGGGGGUUGUACUGUAAACCUGUGUGAAGCUUUGUAUUUUUCCCCUCUGGUUUUGGACUCAGUGAAAGUGUGAUGUUUACAUGUACAGUUUUUCAGAAUACUUUGCUUUUGUUUGUUUUUCGCGUUUUAUUCUGACAUAUUUUUUCCUCUCACGCUGAUUCCCCCCCUAAUCUCUGUACAUUUGCGCAGAUAUUUUCCUUUUGUUGUUUCAUUGCAUCAAGUGCAGAUGUGACCUCUUUGACUACCUGGUCACAUGGUCAGAGUGUGCCGUGACAACUGGCUACGGUCGGCUCGGCGUUGUGGUGGCUUCCAGCAUUAUAAAAGUUAAUAUUAAGCAAACGGGAGCUUCACAACUUCUCAAAGUGGACCGGUAAAGUUUAAUUAAUGAUUUUAAUCAGCUGUUUUAAAAUACUAUUGUGGCCUAAAUGGAGAACAAUGGAGCGUAGGUACAUUUAUUUUACUACAUGAAGUGUUCAUAAUCUUUUAAUAUAUCCCGGCCGUGUUGUCAGGGAAAACUCUUUGUCCUUAACCCGACUGGUGUCCUGAAAGGUACACUUUGACCUGUUGUAAUAUCUCCUCGGUAACAUAAAAGCCAUUCCCCUCUCCUGGCCUUUUAAGGGGAACCCAUAAACCUCAGGUAAUACUGAAUCUCCAAGUUUAGUUUUUAUCCACUGAUUUCCUCUGAAAUGAGAUUUGAGUCUCUAACGAAAACCAUUAACAUUUAUAUGAGAUGUCUAUUGUUUUGUACAUUUAUCAUUGUGAUUUAAAAGUGGAGCUUUUUCCAGUACCUGUGACUUAAUUUUUUGGAGUGUUUAUAGGUAUGGAUAUUUAUUAUUAUAUGUGAAACUACAAAAAGACAAAAGAAAAAGGUUGAACCUGUUUCAUUUGUAUGUUUCAUGCAAAAAUGUCCAGGUGAGAUUCUCUCUGCCUCUUACAUAUCACUAAUGAGGGACCUGUGUUUGUUUGGAAAUAGCGCUUUUUCAGUGUUGCAUCAACGCUAUGAAGAAAAAAAAAACACCAGUGGUUUACCAACAGAGAGUUGCAAGGCUCUCUCCUCUUCUCCUGAGAUGUCAGUAAUUGAAUAAAACAGUGCGAUGAGCUAUCAAACUGA